AUGGCGGCCGCGGUGCGGCAAGGCCGGCUGUCGCGGCAAUCCCUAGAGCAGCACUAUCGGAGCAAGUGCGUGCAGCUGAACCCGGAGAUUAACGCCGUCUGCCACCUCGCGCGCGCGACUCCAACUCCACCACGGCUGCUACCUGCGACGCCUGUAGCUCUAGUAGGAGUAAACUCAGAAACACCUCCAGGAACAGGGGCGUCAGCUGCUGACAGUGGUGGUUCUGCUGCUGCUGCUGCUGCUGCUGCUUCUGCUGUUGAGCGGCCUCUUGAGGACCUGGUGCACGUGGCAGGGCUGCCCACAGCGUGUGGUGACGAGCAACUUGCGGCCCAGCCAGCUCCUCACACCCCUGCCUCCGCCGUUUCUCUCCUGCAAUCACUGGGUGCCGUGCCCAUCGGCAAGUCCAACGUGCCACAUCUAUCCAUGGACUUUCAGACCUUCAACAGCCUCUUCGGUGUUACCAACAACCCUAUCAACCGCUCCCUCACAACCGGGGGAAGCUCAGGAGGGUCAGCAGCAGCCGUGGCAGCAGGCAUGGUGCCCUUUGCUCUCGGCACUGACCUUGAGGGCUCUCUUCGACUGCCGGCGUCCUUCUGUGGCAUCUGUUCCCUGCGGCCCUCGCGAGACCGCUGGCCAGUGCUUGCCCCAGAUGUGCCUCUCCCAUCGCUCGCUCUCCUCUCCUCUCUGCACACGUACGGCGUCUUCACUCGCACAAUGCAGGAUCUCCUCUUCAUCAUGACAGCUGUCUUCUCUCGCCUCCCAACCCCCCUCCGCCCCUCUCUUCCUCCUCAACCACCACCUCUCUCUCCCCCUCCUCCUCUGCGUGUGGCUGUCUCCCCGCAUCUCCCCGGCUCACCUAUUGACUCCCGCAUCUCACGCCUCUUCCAAGCCCUUGCCGCAACUUCCCAACCUGCUACAGCCAGCGCUGCUGAUGCAGCUUGCUUAGAUGCUGCAAGUGCUCCUUCUGGUAGCACGUGCAGAGAGCAGCAGCAACAUCAGCAACAGCAGCAGCACCUGCCACAGCAGCACGAGAACGGGCAGCAGGUGGUGGAGUUUGUACUGAUGGAGGCUCCUCCGAGGCUGGACUUCAGAGCUCUGGACAAGGCAUCCAAGGCGUUCAUCUUUGCAGCGCAUCGCCACGCCCCUCGCCCCCAACACCCAGCCCACUCCCAAGGCCGCAAGCCCGGUGCUGGGAAGAGCAGUAAACCUGUCAUGGGUCAUGCGGGGGAGCAUUUUAGGACGACAAAGGAGGGGGAGAACGCGGAGGCGGAGAGGGAAGCGGAGAGGCAGCAGCGGUGGGAGGCGGAAGUGGCAGAGGCACGGAGGACACAGGAGCAGCAGCAAGCAGUGGUGGAGGCGUUUCUGUCGGAUAACUGCCUUGCUGCUUGGAUUCUACCAGUCGCCUCUGUCCUGCCAUUCGCCCACAACCCCCAGCACUCGCCUCUCACGAUCGAAGUGAGCAGCAACAGAAGCAGUAGCAGCAGCAAGAAGCAUCAGCAGGCAGCAGCAGCAGCAGCAGCAGCGCAGGAGACACAGCAGGUCCCGUACCCGCGUGCCCUGCGGUCGUUCACAGUGCCUCUCUCUGUCACGGGGCACCCCGUGGUCAGCAUGCCCCUUGGAUCUGUGGAUGGGCUUCCAUGCGGCAUGCAGGUGGUGGGGCACGUGGGGCAGGACAUCCCUCUGCUGCACCUCUGCUGCCGCAUUGAAGAGUACCUGCAACAGGCUGGGUUAGGUCUGAGACCAGGACUGGGUAUGGAACAAGGAGGAACAGGUGCCGCCACCAUGUGUUCCCGGCCUCCCCUCUUUGCCCGUCCAGUACACAGCUGCCUCUGA